GUCACCUGGAACGUCAGCGUUCCAUUGCAUUUUCUUGAGUUUGAUGCUCAGAAUGUUGCAAACGAUAAUCAAGUAGCUUUGGCCAGUUUGUUUAAAAUGAGCUCACCUUUAUCUCUGUUGGGGAAAACCCGUAGAGCACCCUUGCCUGGAUCUCUGGAUGAAGGGAGAAAAAGAGUGCCCUUGAAGCAAAGUUCAUCCAUUGAAAAUGAGUUGGGUGUGUUGAAAGACAUCCUCUCCAGAAGGUGUCACUCAAACCGUUCAAACGCUGAUGGUGCCGCUUCCUCAAAGAUGUCACAGAGGGGGAGAGCAGCUGACUACCCCCCUCCUACAGAUUUUGAGCUGAUGUCCACUAUGAUGCAGAAGCUGGCCCAGCUAGAGAUCAAAGUGAAGGCACAAGCUUUGGACAUUCAAAGGAAGGAAAAGACAAUAGCUGUUUUGGAAGAGAAGUUGAAGUUUCAGAAGAAGUCUAAAGAACAAAACUGCGAAGAGGAACUGGUUGAGAAAUGUCACAACCUGCAGAAGCAAGUGUGGGAAAUGGAGCAAUUCCUGGCUGAUUAUGGCAUGAUCUGGAUAGGAAACAAUUGUGACAGGCGUGCUGAUGAACCCAGCUCCGACAUGGAUGAUGCAGACAAACACACAAAGCAAAGCCUAUGGGAGCCAGCCACCUCCAGGGCAGGAGAGUUCAGGAUGAACUUUGACCUCGUGCUGGCGAACAUCCGGGAGCUGAAUGUGCUGGCGGGCGAGGGGGAGUCCUACGUGAAGGCCGUGCCUGGUGGCGCCCAGCUGGCCCAGCGGACGCCCAUUCCCUUACAGCUGUACAGCAACGGCAUUGUGAUGUUCAGCGGGCCCUUCCGCUCCUACGACGAGCCCAGCACCCAGCAGUGCAUGCAGGACCUGAUGGAUGGCUAUUUCCCCUCAGAGCUGCAGGAGCGGUUUCCUGAUGGGGUUCCCUUCCAGGUACAGGACAGGCGAGAGGAGGUAUACAAAGACCGGCGAGAGCAAAAGGACUUUCCUGGCAAGGGUCAGCUGGUGUGUGAAGCAUCCAGUGAGACCUCAGCUCAAAGCCUGGACACAACUCAGGGCACCAGCUGUGCAUCAGGCAAGGCGGUGUCCACAGAGCAGUUCUUGAGGAAGCUACCAAAGACAGUCAUCAAAGCUGGAAAGGUGAUCGACAUUCGUGACUCGUUAAGAAACCAUUUAAAGGGUUCUGCUGUGGAAGAGCAGCACCCUUCUGUGAUCAUUGUAGACACCCCGGCACUACAGACCUUACAUGAGAGGUUGGAUGAGCCGGACAGGACUGCAUGUGAUCCCGACGGGGACAUCAGCACCCUGAGAGUGAAGUCCGAGAAUGGGGAGAAGACUUUCGUUCUAAAGAUGCACAUCACUCAGACAGUAGGAGACCUGCGGCAGUACCUGGACAAACACAGAUGCUCAGGUUCCUCUCCAUACAACAUCAUCAGUGUGUUUCCACGACGACGCUAUGACGAUGACACCCAAACACUUGCAGCUUGCGGCCUCACACCCAGUGCUGCUCUGCUGCUUCAACCUUACUGAUGGGCACAUACAGAUACAAGCACACACACAGAAAUCUGUGGACACAAGAGCAUGGACACAAAAACACUCCUCACAGAUAUCCUGUUUUCAGUCUACAUCGAUGACACCCAAGUGUUUUGCAGUGCUUAAUUUUAAUGCAGAUAAAGGAACACAAACAACUGCAAAGUUAUUGAAAACAAACUUUAUUUCUAAAAUAUGACAAAAAUAGAUAUCUUUUAGUGUUGCAAAAACAGCUGGCUUAACUGGUUGCUUUAGCUGGUUUCUUCUUAGUCACACACACGCUCACACACUAACAUUCUCUGUGCAGUCUGGUCAUGACCACGGACUAUGUGCAGUACUUGCCCAACAUCAUUUCAUUAAUAAAUUAUUUCCAGACAUUUUAA